AGUAUUUUCCAUUAAAGGCUUUCCAUUUAAAAGGCAUCUUAAAACCCGCCACCACUACCAACAGCCAAAAAACUCACAUUUACUUUUUUUUAAACAGCUUCGCAACUUCAUUUUUUUCUGACUGUGUGACAGAUGAAAUAUUUUUGUAUCAUUUAUGGCGAAAGUGUGAUGUUUCUUUGGAGAAGCACAAUUAACUACUAAAAAUGGCGUCAAUGUUUUUCCCGCCGCCCACCGGUCAACAAUAGUAAACUAAAUAAAUGAAUCGGGGAUACUGUAUACAUUUUUUUGUGCACUUCUGCCCUUGUUUUUACUUUAGCACGUCACGUUUUAAUAGUAAUAAUAAUAAAAAGGAGAAAUACAAUAGCAUAAUAUGUAAUACUGCAGUACUUAUAUAUUUUGUAAUGUUUAUGAAAUAAUGGUUCGGUUCAGCAACAGGUGGAUUAUUUUCUGAAACGUCAUUCCUAUAAAUUACGACACAUGGUAAAAUCCACUUCGUGCAAGCUUUUAUUGGUCAAACUAAAAACAAACAAACACAACAAUUGAAAAUCUCUCACAAACUUGAUGUGCUUCGAAAAAAAGAGCCAUUUUUGAAACCGGGGUCAAAAAUACGUUUUGGGACACAUAAACACGUUUUGGGACUGAUUAACAUUAGCCUUUGACCAGUGUAGUUAAUAAAUACUAUUCCUAUUUGUCAGAAAUCUUUAUUGAGUCUUUUGAUCAUUUGUAUUGGCUGACGUGUCGAAUGAAGCAACCAGAAGUGUACGGUAGGGAACAAGAUGCUCGAUAAAUGAACCAAGUUUGUCUCACAUCUGCAUUGCUCCCUCUCGUCGUCCUCCUACCCGGGUGGCAUUCGUGCACCCGCGUGACCGGACGAGGCGAGCAAAGAGUGUUUUGAAAGUUCGUGCGCAAAGAGGAGCAGAUUGGAUGAGCAAGGAGGGGGGGAGGUGGUGUGAGCGGGAUCAUCGACAUAAUCACGCUCCGACGCGCUCGUCCAUACUUUGCAGCCUUGGCGACAUUUGCGAGAUGAACACACACGCAAAUCGUGUGCAGGUCUUGCCGUUCCAACGGGUCCUGUAAAGUCGAGGGACAAGCAUGAAAUCCCGAAGUCAGGAUCACAGCUUGUCGGAGUCCACGGAACUGGAUCGAUCUUACGACCCGCUCACAGGUAACCCACCAAAUCAAGCCACCAAAAGGACCAUCAAGCAGCGCUUCCUCAAACUGCUGCCCUGCUAUCAUUCUGGCUCCGGGGCGUCCAUCAAUCAAAAUAGCAUAUGUGAUGAGGCCGAGUUGUCGGCGGUGUGUCACCGACCCGAAGGCCUCGAACGUCUCAUGGGGCAGACUAACUUCAGUAAAAAAGAGCUGCAGAUCCUCUACAGAGGAUUCAAAAACGAGUGUCCCAGUGGCGCAGUGAAUGAGGAGACGUUUAAAAACAUCUACUCUCAAUUCUUCCCUCAGGGAGAUACAAGUAUGUAUGCACAUUUCCUGUUUGAGGCUUUUGACACUCACAAAAGCGGAUCUGUCAGCUUUGAGGACUUUGUCUUAAGUCUAUCCGUCAUCCUCAGAGGCUCCGUCACAGACAAACUCAACUGGGCCUUCAACCUGUAUGACCUCAACAAGGAUGGUUGCAUCACUCGAGAGGAGAUGACAGACAUUAUGCAUUCCAUUUAUGACAUGAUGGGCAAGUAUACGUACCCCUGCAUGAGGGACAGCGCUCCCCAGGACCACGUGGAACGCUUCUUCCAGAAUAUGGACAGGAACAAAGAUGGCGUCGUCACCAUCGAUGAGUUCUUGGAAACGUGCCAGAAGGAUGAGAACAUCAUGCAGUCCAUGCACAUGUUCGACGACGUCAUCUAAAGGUGGCAUCAAACGUUCCUCCAAUUGGAGCUCCACUUCAACGCUGCAGUGUGUGUGUGUGUGCAUGUGUGUGCGUGUUGGACUUCAACCUGUCACCUCACAGAGUGCUAAAAUCACUCUGCUCUGAUUGAAAAUACAUUUAAGGUUUGUUUGGAGCUGUUCAAGACUGAAUCAGGAUUGCGGGCCUGUUGUCUUACGAAUUUACAAAACCAAGUUUGGCCGUUGGGUUAAACAUAAAUAGAAACAGAGUACCGUACAAUUAGUCUUAGCUGUAUUUAAGUGAAUACACUGCAAAGACUAGAUAUUUAAUGUUCAAACUGAAAAAAAUGGUUUUCACUAAGAAGUGAAACGGUGUUGUAACAUUUGCAAAAUGUGGUUUGGCAUUGUCUUGUUGGAAUAAGCAGGGAGGUCCAUGAAAAAGACAUUGCUUGGAUGGGCCAAUACCUAUAAGUCCCUUUAGGUGUUAAUGGCGCCUCCACAGAUGUGUAAAUCACAGAUGCCAUUGGCAGGAACUCAGCCCCAUACCAUCACAGAUGCUGGCUUUUCAAUUUAGCAUCCAUAACAAUCCCGAUGGUUCUUUUCCUCUUUGUCCCGGAGGACACCGCGUCCACAGUUUCCAAAAACAAGAUGAAAUAUGGACUCGUCAGACCACAGAACACUUUCCCACAUCAGUUCAUCUUCGAGGAGCUCGGGCCCAGAGCAGCUAGUUGGGUUUCUGAAAGUAGUUUUUAAAACAUUUUCUCAUGCAGUUGUUGACAAAAAGGGGAACCUCAUCCCAUUUUGGCUUGUGAAUGACUGAGCGAUUCAGGAAAGCUCCUUGUCUUGCCAAUCUUGGCACUCAUAUGUUCCAAGUUAGCCUGUUCACCUGUGGGAUUUUCCAAACAGGUGCUUGAUGAGCAUUCCUCAACUUUCUCAGUCUUUUUUUUUUUUUUUGUCACGUGUCCCAGCUUUUUUGGGGAGCAUGUUACAGGCCUAAAAUUCAAAGUUAAUGAUUAUUAGUUCAAAACAAUGACAUUUUUCAGUUAGAUUAAAUAACAGACGUUGAAAUGUAUUCAACGGAAUAUACAUUAAAUAUGAUUUGCAUUGUAUUUUGUUUUUAUGUGUCACACAACGUCCCAACUGGAUUGGAACUGGAUUUGUACUUAUAGGUUACCAAUCAAAAGGGGAAGUCGAGACCAAAAUUUUUCUUACACUCAAAUUUAACCCUGAUAAAUUCAAUUGUUAGGUUUAGUCAAUCUACAACAUUUAAUAAACAACAAACACGAAAGGAAGACAAGAGAACGGACAAAUUGUAGAUACAA